AUGGACCAUGGACUUGCAUCACAGGAUGAUGAGAUGAAACUUAGUGGCACUCCUGGAGCUCCACCACCUCCAGAGGAGGACUUGAUGAAUGAUAUUGCACCUGUCAAGCAAGCUGAAAAAAUCGCGGAGGAGGCCGUCGUGAAAGAACACGGCAUGGACACCGGCGGAGUGAAGAUUCAGCCACAGCCGAAAGCAGGUGUGACAGAGGAAUGA